AUGCACUCAAUCCGCCCCACAGCCAUACGCAGGCUCCGCGCAACCCUCACCUCCGAGUCGCCCGUCUCGCCGCUCCGCACACAAUUCAGACCAUCGCCAUGUCUGCUCUGCACCCACCGCAUACAACCACAACCACAACAACACACCGCGCGCCGCCACCAGUCCACAUCAUCCUCCAACGCCAAAGAAUCGCCCUUCGCAUCAACAGCACCCCAACCCGCCACAGCCCCCCAAACACACUACGCCUUCUUCCCCACAUCCCUCCCCACAGGCCCACCCCCAACCGGCCCCUUCACCAUCGACCUCUCCGCCCUGAAACGCGAGUUCCUCCAACUCCAAGCCCGCGCACAUCCAGAUCUGCAUCCGCAGCACGAUAAGAAGCGCGCCGAAGCGUUGUCGGCGCGCAUAAAUGAAGCCUACAAGACGUUGCAGAGCCCGUUGCUGCGGGCGCAGUAUCUGCUGUCGCUGCGCGGCAUCGAUGUCGCUGAUGACGAGCAGUUGCGGGUUGAGGACCCGGGGCUGCUGAUGGAGGUUCUGGAGGCGCGGGAGCAGAUUGAGGAGGCACAGGAGGAGGGCGAGUUGGAGGGGAUGCGGGUGGAGAAUGACGCGAGGAUUGAGGAGAGUGUCGGCGUGUUGGAGAGGUGUUUUGCCGAGGAUGAUGUGGAGGGAGCCAAGGGCGAGGCGGUCAAGUUACGGUAUUGGAUCAACAUCGCCGAGAGUAUUGGGAAUUGGGAGAAGGGCGUACCGGUCGUGCUGCAGCAUUGA